CACUGAUUACAAACACGGAAGUCGAGAAGGUGGACGACAGCGUUGAGCGAGUGCGGGAUUCAUAGUCUAUGGAUUUUCUGCAGCUGCUAUCAUGUGCGUGCAUCAUAUUCACCGUCGGGAUGUUCACGACGGGAUUGACAGACUUGAAGAAAAUGAAGGCCACACAGAGUGCAGAUAACGUACAGUUUCUGCCCUUCCUCACCACAUGCUUGAAUAAUCUAGGUUGGCUGUACUAUGGAUUACUAAAGGGAGAUGGAACGGUGAUAUCUGUAAACAUCAUUGGGGCCUUUCUACAGACCUUAUACAUCAUCACCUACUGUCAUUAUGCCAAAGACAAGAGGCGAGUGUUCUCGCAGACACUGGCGAUGGUGAGUGUGUUGUGUGUAGGAUGGGUGUAUUUUACUGUGGUUAUUCCUUCUGGAGAAGCUCAACUCUCUCAGCUUGGUCUGGCCUGCAGUGUGUUCACCAUCAGUAUGUACCUCUCUCCACUCGCGGAUCUCUUGGAUAUUGUGCGAAAUAAGUCUGUGGAGCGCUUGUCUUUUUCCUUGACCGUCGCUACAUUCUUUACAUCCACGUCAUGGACGCUGUAUGGCCUUCAACUGGGUGACUAUUAUAUCAUGGUGCCCAACACCCCUGGCAUCUUUACUAGCAUAAUCCGCUUCUUCCUCUUCUGGUGGUUCGGAGCUGUCAUUCCAAACAAGCCCUCCUAUAAACUGAUCCAAAUCUGAGAGAGGAUUUCGAUUGAAUGUGAUUGAAUUCAAUUAAUUGCCUUCUCUGCUUUCCUUUACCGAAGCCAGAUGAGAUUCUGGUUUCCUUCACAUCAGACUUUCAUGAUACCUUCUGAAAUCAAACCUCUAGUGAAACUGCCACUUUAAAUUCUGUGUAGACAGACAAUUUUCACAUUAUCUUUGUCUUUUUAGGCAAAGGCAUAGUUUAAAAUCCUGUCAUAAUUUACUCGUCAUCAUCAUGUUAUUCCAAAUCUGUGUUAGUGACUUUCUUUUAAGAAACAUAAAGUAAAUCAAUAGUAAGCUAAACUGUUCAACUGCCAACAUUCUUCAAAAUAUCAUUUUUUUUUUUUUAUUCCACAUAAGAAAUGAAGUCAGAUAGGUUUCGAAUGACAUGAGGGUGAGUAAAUGAUGACAGAAAUUUCAUUUUUAGAAAACCAAUCCCUUUACAAGAUGUUUCCUCAAAAAAAAAAAAAAAAAAAAAAAACUGAAUUUGCUCACUUAUAUUAUUCCAAACCUGUAUGACACAUUUUCUGCUCACAAAAGAAGACUUUUUUUUAAUUUUUAUAAAUUGUCUGUUUGUUUGUUUGUUUGUUUGUUUGUUUGUUUGUUUUCUGCGUUUAAUUGCAAAGAAUUGGAACAGGAGCUUUCAGUAUUUAAAAAAGACAUCAAGUUUUCUGAAGCUGUAAAUUAAGAUUUGAGAAACUGAAAAUCUUGAUCUUAGCUCUUCUUGGCACCUGUUUCAUGAACAGAUUAUUCUUUUGAGUGAUCUUUUUAAUGAAUUUGUUUAUUCAACUGAAUAACUCCAGCUCAAGUAUGACUGAUCCAGUUCUUGAGCUCACUGGAGGGGAAUAUUAUCAGACUGUCAUAUAUCUUAAAAACUCAUUUGUAGAUCUAUUUUAUAAUACUUGUAUAUCAUGAAAGUUCCUGUACACUUUGUAAUUUUAUAAUUGGGUGGAAAUGAAUCUCCUCAGAAUGUCUUUCUUUGUGUUUCCUGGAAGACAAUCAUACAGGUUUUGAAUGACAUAAGGAUGAGUAAAUAAUGACAGUACGAUAAUUUCUUUAGAAUUUUAAGUUCUCUGAGUGACAGACUAUUUUCACUUUAUCUUUUUGGUUAAUCCUUGUAUGGACGAGGAUGCUCUCAGUUUGUUUCUUAGUUAAUCGGUGUUCAAAUCUGCAAACACAACACGCCUUAAACUGAGAGCUCAAACCUGUUUCUACCUUGAUGAAAAUUAACCUUAGUUUUAUUAUAGUAACCAUGUUUAUUUGGCUGUUUGAAUACCAUUUGAAUAACCAAAGUUUUACUACAAAUACUAUGGUUAAACUAUGGUUAGUGUAUCCAAACCAUGGUUAAUUUGUGGUUAGCAUAAUUUAACUACAAUGACCAUGCUUUUUUUAUUAUUAUUUGUAGAAAAACCAUGGUUCAUUUUCAAAAGGGUUAUGUCAGCCCUUUCUCUGAAAGUGAUGUGUUACUGUUAAGCAGGUACAGUUAUAUAUAUUUUUUUUCUUUUUAUCUUGGUUACAUGCGGUUCCGAGUGGCCUUUAGGAAAAUGUUACAUUACUUAAUGAAUGUAGUUUUUUCAGGUUGUUAAUUAAUUAUAGGCUACUUUAUUAUAACGUCAUUCUUAAUUGUGUCCAUAUGGCAGUUUGGCAGCUAUUUAAUCAGCAUCCAAUUCAAAUGACAAAGCCCAAAAGAAACAUUAUGUGUGUAAAACCUUCCUUUUUUUGCGGAAGAAUAACGCAAAUAUAGAAACUUAGUUUAACUGAAUGAUGUUUAAUUAAGAAUAUCUGUCUCUGAGAUUUCAGAAAACAGGAAAUUUUGUAUGUCUCUGUUCAUGUUUCUUGUUUUGUAGCUGUUUUUCCUUAACGCUGUCACUGUCAGAACAUUGUUCUUUACAAUGAGCCCAUAAAAACAAUAAUAUAAAUAAACAAUAACUUUAUACAUUCCCCUCCCUCAGAGAACACCAAAGAGUUGUGGUGACGGGAGGAAUAAUCAGCAAAUUUACUUAUAACUUGUAAGAUGGCACAAUGAAAAUCUUAAACCGUUUAAUGUUGCGUAUGCUAAACUUGUUUGAUCUGUGACAGGCAAACUUUUAUUAUAUAUCUUACUGUACAUCAUUUGUUACUUUAUUCACUGCAGCCUUUCCAAGUCUCCAAGACUGGGCUUUGUGAAUAUAAAAAAGGGUUAUUUUGAACAUUUAAAACAUAUCAGCUUUCUUUUAUUGUUAUGUUGUUUAUGGCUUUGGUGUUGUAAGUUCAUUUUGUUGUGUGUUUUUAUGUUCCUUGUACUAUUUUAUAUCCUAUGCAACAGUGUAUAUUAUAUGAGAGGGGAUUUAGAGGGAUGUUCUUUCUGGAGUUUACUGAAAAAAAUGGCUCAAAUAAAUUUUAUAUAACAUAUAACCUUCAAUGUCUGGCUGAGACUGAGAGAAGAAGUUAUGAGAGCUUAGCAGGGGAAUGUGAGAGGAUUUUGUUCUGGUCUCAAAG